AUGGCCGCCAACGGCACUGAUGCUAUCGACACCACUGCCACCACCGUAUUGAAUAUCAACAUGGCUAAUGUUACAAAGCUUUCCUCCUCCAACUACUUGAUGUGGAGCCUUCAAGUUCACUCCCUUCUCGAUGGCUAUGGCCUUGCUGGCCAUCUAGAUGGAUCCAAACCAGCUCCUCCUCCAACUGUCAUCGCUGUUGAUGUCGUCUCCGAGAACCCGUUGUUUCUCCUUUGGAAACGUCAAGAUCGGUUAAUCUACAGUGGUCUUAUCGGUGCGAUUACAACGCCUCUACAGCCUGUUGUGUCACGUGCCACCACUGCCUCUGAGAUCUGGGAGACUCUCUCUUCCACCUACGCUAAGCCAAGUCGCGGCCAUAUCAAGCAAUUGAAAACUCAACUCAAGCAAUGGACGAAGGGUAACAAGAGUGUUGAUGAAUUUCUUCGUGGAGCCACCACUCGUCUCGUCCAACUCGCUAUCCUUGGAAAGCCGAUGGAUCAUGAGGAUCAAAUCGACUUGAUCCUUGAAGGCCUUCCAGACGAGUACAAACCGAUUGUUGAUCAAGUUGAAGGGCGUGAUGCUCCUCCUGGUCUCACUCCGUCGUUUCCUGCUUCUGCGAACGUCGCUCAACAACGCUCCUCCUCCGCCUCUUCCAACAACAACUACAACCGCAACAAUCGCAACCAGAACCGCAACAAUCAUUCACACGCCAACAGUGAUGUGGUGUGGCCAUCUCCACCGUCUGCUCCUCGUCCCCACCAGAACGUUGGUCGUCCAUACCUAGGUCGUUGCCAAAUCUGUAGUGUUCAGGGACAUAGCGCGCGGAGAUGUCCCCAACUCGCUGCGAUGACUUCACAAUCAUCCCCGCAACCACAUCCUCCACUCACACCGUGGCAGUCACAGCCUCGUGCCAAUCUCGCGGUCGGGUCUCCGUACAUCGCAAGUAACUGGCUUCUUGACAGUGGUGCAACCCACCACAUCACGUCUCAACAAUCUCUCGCUGCAUCAACCGUGAAGGAUCUCAGCACGGGGGCACUUCUUCUACAAGGCAGAACUAAGGACGAACUCUAUGAGUGGCUGGUGUCGUCUCCACAAGCUAUGGCAAUGCUUACCUCCUCCACUAAGAGUACAUAUUCUUGGCUAUAUCCUCUCAAACACAAAUCCCAAGUAAAAGAAACCUUCAUUGCCUUUAAAGCCCUUGUUGAAAACCAUUUCAAGUCUCGAAUUGACACACUCUACUCGGAUAAUGGUGGAGAGUUCAUUGCGUUACGGAGUUUUCUUGCAACUCACGGCAUCUCACAUCUCACUACACCGCCGCACACUCCGGAACACAAUGGACUCUCCGAGCGUAAACAUCGUCAUGUGGUGGAAACCGGCCUCACUCUCAUGACCGAGGCAUCAUUACUGAAGCACUAUUGGCCAUAUGCCUUUGCUGCUGCUGUCUACUUGAUCAAUAGACUGCCCACACCGGUCUUGAACAAUGACUCACCGUAUCAUCGCUUAUUUGGGACGUUGCCAAACUAUGGGAAGCUCCGGGUCUUUGGUUGUCUAUGUUUUCCCUGGUUGCGUCCAUACACGGCGCACAAGCUUGACGCUCGCUCUAAACCUUGCGUGUUUGUUGGGUAUUCUCUCACACAGAGUGGAUACUUAUGUCUUGAUCCCGAAACUGAACGAGUCUAUGUCUCUCGACACGUUCAGUUUGACGAGCUCACGUUCCCUUUUUGUACAAGCGCAUCAUCGAUGGAAGCUCCUCCUGUUGUUGAUACAUCGGUCACCACUUCGCUGAGUGUGAUUCGUCUGCCUUCACCAGAACAAGUGCCUCCCUGCUCGGUCCCUCACCCUCCGCCACCUCCACCGACGAAUGUCUCUCUUCUGUCUCCAUCUCAGGUAUUGCCUUCUAACCCUCUCCACAUAAGGGUCACUUAG